AUGCUGUUACCGUGUAGUUCACUUCCCGUUGAACCGCUGUUGAACGAAAAAACACCUCGUCGUCGAAGACAGAAUACAGUUCUUCCCAGCACAAGAUCUACUAGUCAACCGGAAUCAGAUGAAGACGAAUUAGAUGGGUUAACAUUUGUACCAUUGGCGAAUGAUCAGAGGAGUGGGGCGGACGUAACCGAUGCCGUGACACCAGCUCAAGACGGCGAGCUCGGACAUGAUGAGAUAGACAACUCAGAGUUACCAGCGGUCGAGAACCCAGAUGUAUUGGCCCUUGAUGAACAACAACCAACCAUUCCACCGCCAGCAACGGAAAAUGUGUCUAUUCCACCACCACCUAUGGAAAAUACCAGACCUAGCAGAAACAGAAACCCACCACCAAGACUAAAUUAUUGAACACCAGGUAACCCAGUCACAGGCAUUUCAUACCCUGGUAGCAUGAACACUAUUUUCGAUUUUGUAGAGCCUAGUCACCCAGCAGUGAUGCCUUUCCCACCAAUGAAUUCCAUUCCUUAUAUGUGGCAGCCAACCCCCCUACCUUAUAAUCCCUUCGCAUACCUCGGACCUCAUUGUCCGUACUGUGGAACAAUGUUCUUUAAUUAGAUAAGUACGUUAACGUUGUAUUGAACUGAAGAUCGUGAUCUUCGAAAGAAACUUUAAGUGCAUGUUAGUUUCGAAAUUUGAAACGAUGUUUUUGAAAACAUACAAUAGUGGAACGAGUAAUAAGAAACGAACUGACUCUUGCCCGAAAUGACUGCAGCAUCUCGUGUUGGAUAAGUUUGUGAGAUUUGUAAUUGUUGGAGAUUUCAUGAUUCAUUGAAUCAAUGUCGUGUUUGACAUUUCUUUCCAGGGGAAAGUGUAGGGCCCCUGCCCUUAGUUGUAUGAUUACGCAAGAAUCACGCGUGGGACACUCGCGGGACAAUAUAUAGAUUAACAGUUGCUUCGAGCACAUGUAAAACGAGAGUUUAUAUAGUUCACAUUUUGUUAGUAAUAAAAUAUAUAUCUUUUGCAAUCGUUAUGUUCCAUACGUGAAGGGAAAAAGGAGUAACAAAUAGUCCGCAAAUAGUCGACGAAUAGUGCGAAUAGUCCGCGAAUAGGCGACGAAUAGUACGAAUAGUCGACGAAUAGUGCAAUAGAGACUUUGCAAGGCUUUGCAGCAGUGCUUUAGAACUAAAUUUACCGGGGGGUGGCUCUGUGGACAAACAUGAAAUCGUGAAAACAUUCGUCGACGUACGUCAAUGACGUCAUACGUAAUCGGUAAAAAUUACGGGAACCACUGAGUAUUUUAAUAAAAUAUAAAAUAACGGUAACUUCGAAAAUAAACAUUUUAAUAUUCUAGCUUUCGACUAAAAUUCACUCAUCGUCAGGAAACAUAUUUCAUAUUUUUUAAAAUUUAUAAUCAUUCCUGAUGGUAAGUGGUAACCAUAUGAGUCAUAAAUUUUACUGAUGGAAUUUUAUAGGAAUUUUACUUGUAAGUUGUGACGUUGUAAGGGACUGCUCAUUAUUUAUUGUACAGGGGGAGACUGAGGAGAAACUCUACAGUUAUAAUAUUUUUUCGUUGCCCCCCUCUUAAGAUAAGUAAAAUUUUCAAAGCCCCCCCCCCCAAAAGGCAAAACAAGAUCAUAAAUUUUAACCACCCCCCAGCUCUUUAUCUUUAUUUAGAGAAACAAAAACUCUAGCUCUUUAUUUAGAGAAACACAAAUAGAUAAUGGGGACCAAUAGACAAUUCCCAUUAUAGACUAAAAAAGUAUAUUCCCGGGAAGGGCAUACUAAAAUUAAUAAAAUUGCAAUGUUUGGUUGCAAAAUGUUGUAAAAUGUAGAAAAUAUAUAGCCUUCCAAAGUUGCAAAAAUUUUGUAUACUUUUGUAUUGCAAUUUUCGCAUGCAAUACAAAAGUAUACAAAAUUUGCAAACUUUGCAAGGCUAUAUUUUCCGUAUUUUACAACAACUCGCAACCAAACUUUGAAAUAAUUUACUUAUUUUAGUAUUCUCUUUCUAGCAAUGGUGAUUUAUUUGCAUCAAGGCUGGAUUUGGAGGGGAGGUGUGUGGAGAGGUGUGUACCUCCCCUGAGAUCGUUUUGCAUCUCCCCUGAGAAUUUUUGCACUUCUCCUGAAAGGUCAUGCACCUCCCCUUCGGAAAGUUUCAAUGAUGGAACAAAGUGAAAAUGUGAUGGUUGCUUAGGAUCUACACUUUGUGACAUAAGAAAGUUUUCUCUGUAAAAUUGAAACAGUGAUAGCCAUUCAUAUCUGUGUCAAGUACACUGUUAAUGCAAUGUUUUGAAAGAAACUUUGUAGCAAUUGCAAUGAAAGGCAAGAUUGGAGUCAUACAUUCAUAAUUCAUUAAUACACUGGUACAUAUGUACACUACAUGCAUACCUCACCUUGUUGAUAUUGGCCUGUUCUACAAUAAGCCCUAAUUUUCCAUGGGGGUUGUGAGCUAGACUGCUGCACCUCCCCUAACAUUUUUUUCCACCUCCCCCACUAUUUUCACCAAAAUUCGGCCUUGAUUUGCAUCUCUUUGCCUAGUUCUAAAAUUAGUCUACAAUGGGAAUUGUCUAUUUACAUGAACAUAAGAGACUUGGCUUCCAUUUAUAAAUAUUAGGUCUAUAAACAUUAUUUGUUGUUAAGUUGUUUUGUGAUGCAUUUUUUAAACUAGUAAUGUUUUAUUCAAACUGGUAAAUAUUUUCAAAGCCCCCCUUCUUUCGUCUCUCUGUAUUUUUUCAAAGCCCCCCCCUUUCAGGUUUUGAAAAAUUUAAAGGCCCCCCCAGUUUCUCCUCAAUCCCCCCUGUACAAUAAAUAAUGAGCGGUCCCUUACUUAACAUCAAUGAACUAUUUUUCAUAUGCGUUCUCACAGGUUGUGGACUUCAGGACAUGGACCAUAAUAUUUUAUGACCCAUUGUUGGAGAACGACUCAAACUUCCACAACAAAAUAAGGUACAUAAAACAUUUUCCAACAAAUUGAUGCAAUGUUUUUAAACGAUUGUUGUGAUGACACAUCGACUAAAUGUUAUCAGUGGAGCGGAAAACAAAAACCCGAACCAGCAAUAUACAGUAUAAUUUUGUUUUUAUUAGUUCGAACGCUACUGUAGUUUUCCCACAGAAGAAAAAUUAAUUUAGAAAUUGCGUGUGUUAGGUUGUUCGCAAGUUUUUUCCCCUCAAUUCUUACAUAAGGAUUUUCUUAGCAUUUAAUAUCCCUAUUAUUCUACAUAAUGGCAUACAGGUAUGUACAGUAUCAAGCAAUAGAAGAUCAUACGCACCUAUGUCUCGCAUGCACUUACUAAAGAAAAGUCAGCAUUGAACAUGCAGUGCUUACCGUUGUAUCCAUGACUAUGAAUGGUAAAACUUUGAAUGCUAAUAUCCGUCUUUUAAAAUCAGCACCCCCUGCCAUUAUUUAAAUUCUGAAAAGCUCUAUAUGUAUGGUAGGCUAAACUACAAAAAGAAACUGGAUAUUAAACUCCUAUACCGUAAUCAAAGGCCUGCUAUAUAUGUAUAUAAUAUCAUGUUCUUCAACUUAAAGAUACCUUACGCAUUACCCAAAAUGUUUUAUACAAUUAAAUUUUAUUGUAGAUUACUGAUGGCAUUUUUCCUAUCAGAAGCAAGAGGGUUUGAUUUUGAAGGAAUAAAGAAAUUCAAGAAUUUAACUCUACAUGAACCACAGCAACUUGAUUCAAGCUCAUGUGGUGUUUUUGUAUGCAUGGUACAGUAUAAUUAUACUUCAUAAUAAUAAUUACCAGGAGCUUAUGUUUUCAUCCGUGUUUUUGUGUGUGUGUCUCAGUCACCACAAUAAAUUACAAAAAAUAUCACACAUAUUGAUACAAAAAUGUUUGGGAAUUUGCCCCAGGACAAAUUGAUUAAAUUUUGGUUAAAUUUGGAUGAAAUGUGGAUGAGAAAUUAGCAAAUGUUUGUCUUGAGUGCCCUCUACUUAUUAUUAUCACUAUAAUUAUUAUUAAUGUAAGUUUUAAAAUUUAAUUGGAAUAUUAUAUGAUAGUUUGAGGUAGAUCAUUUAUCCAUUACUGUACUCUGCAUAAAUUAUGUUUGAAUGAUUAUUUGGUAUAGGCAGCCGAUUUUAUCAUGAAAGGGUUGCCAAUAAACUUUACUCAGGUAUUAAUGAUGUCAUAUAUUUAUAACAUGUUGGAGUAUUAUUUAGGGUCACUGACAGUUCUUUGGUUUGAGUGUUAUGCAUGCACUGCACUUACUUUUGGUGCCUGACUUGCACCAAGAUAUCAACUAUAGACUCGACUUGCCUUUGUAAUAUGUUUAUAAAACUAGGAAUACCCACCAAAGUUAAGUUGAGUCACCAUGCCUGCUGUUUUUUACAUUUAGUUUGAAAUAUAGAAUUUAAAGGUGGUAAACUUUGCACUAUCAAACAAUUUUGCAGUACAUACUGUAUUCUUUAUUUACUUAGUAUCAUAUAAUGAUGAUUAAUUGUGUGUUUUAAUUGCACGGCAGGAUGAAAUACCGAUUUUAAGAAAAUACAUGGCCAUGCAACUUGCAAAUACUCAAAAAAUUAUUGAAUUACCAAAAAGGUUAGUCACAUCACUCUACCUUCUCCAAGGAACAUAAUUGCCAGAUCAUGCAUUCUGUCGAUUAUAUCAUAACAGACCUACAAGUAUGACUGGCAAUUAUAAUUCCUUAUGCAGUCUACAAUUCAUUCAUCAAAAAUGAUUUAUUUAGAUUCUUUCAAGUCUUAUACACAAAUGUAUUUUAUAAUUUAAUGAGCACCAAUUAAAAAAUAGCCGGAUUGCAAGGAAGUUAAUUAAUGACUUACAUUGCUGAAAUCAAACCAUGUAAUUAUUGUAGCCAUCACAUGUAAUAAUUAAAUAGUUUAGUAAUGGCCUCAUCAAUAAUAGGAAAAAAUCCCCUAAAGUGAAAGUCACAAACAUGACAACGUGGAUACAUAAUAUUAUGUAUGUAUGUAUACGUACAUAUGUAUGCAGACGUUCAUAAUAUUAUGUAUAUAUUAUGUAUGUAUGCAGACGUUCUCUUUCAGGUCUAUUUAAUUAAAUGCUGAAAUUUAUGGAUAUAUGAGAUUCAAUUGAUAUUGGGAUGUAUUAUAAUCAGUUGAUUGUUUGUACUUACAGCUUUGCAAAGAAAAAAUGCAGUAAACAUGACCAUGACUACUAUACACUCGAAACAUCAAAAGUUGGACACAUCCAAUCACUUCCAGAUGAAAUCCUAGAGAUGAUUCUGAAAGAAGUUCUAAAAGAAGGAGAUAAAGAAUACUGCACACUUAGUUUAGUUUGUAAGCAAUUUAAAGAUAUAGUAACAAGACCAUAUUUUCAACAAGAUGUGCACUAUACAUGGCUAAAUAGUGUGCAUGAUUGGACAAAUUCAAUGGACAAAGAAUUUAAACAAGAAUGUUUUAAGAUGUUUGAUAUUAAAAGGUGCUUUACAUGUAACACCAUGUAUAAAGAAAUGCUUGGCUUCAUUGGAAAGGGAAAAUUUGGUGAAUGCCACAAAUAUUAUGCUGAUCUUGAUUUUCCAGGAUACUGCUGUAAGGCGUGCUUCCCAGAAUAG